AUGAAUGUCAGAAAGUCGGCAGCUGAUCUUCUGAGAGACAAAUACAUGUCUACACAACUAAAGAAAACAACGUCAGAGAAGAUUCAUCCAGAUUUGAAUGAACUUUAUGGUGUUGAGUAUUUAAAGCCAGAAAUUUAUUCAAAGCUGUACAGUCCCCUGUUCAACAUCCAAAAAUACAAAGACCUCGGCACUUUGCCACCUAAAUCCAUUCUUAUUAGAGGAAUUAACGGUGUUGGAAAAACUUACAUUGUCAACUGCUUUUGUCAACAUUUUCAAAUAGAUCUUAUAACAGGGUACAUUGAGACUCAAAAGGACAUAAAAGAAUUAUUUAGCAAGAGUAGAGCUAGUGAGAAAUCCAUUAUUUUAAUAGAAAAUGUUGAUACAAUUCUCAAAGAAGAUGCUCUAAUGUACCAGCUUAAUACCUGUAUAAGUGGAUUGAACUGGUGUGCCUUGGUUGUCAUAGCUCACACGGAUUCUCUCGAAAACGUUAAAUACGAUGGGGAAAUCUUUGUGAAAAUUCCAACGGCAUUUGGAAGAAAAGAGUUAUUAGACGGAAUAAUAAAGAAUAUGAAAACAAAAGACAUCGACACAUUUGAGAUUUCUCAGAAAAUCCCUGGGUUUGUCCCAAGAGAUAUUGUAAAACUUAUUUCGAUGGUUUCUACACGUGUAGUUAACCGUGCAGCUUACCAAAGUGAUUUGGAUUUAUUAAAACAAAUCAGACUGUCAACCCAUGCACAGUUUUCAACAUCUGCACCACAACAUCUGACACAUACUAGUGAUGGUCACCUGUGCGUAACAAUGGAUGACUUCACCAGCUGCAUUGACGAAUGCAAGAAUAUUACUCAAAGCAUUACUUUUGAUGAUAUUGGUGCACUUGAGAAGGUGAAGGAGGAACUAACUAUGAGCAUUCUGCUACCAUCCAGAUACCCUGAAAAGUUUAUAUCAUUUGGAAUCAGCAGACCCAGUGGUGUACUGCUCUAUGGGCCUCCUGGAUGUGGAAAGACACUCAUAGCUAAAGCAGUAAGCAAUAUGUCACACUGUAAUUUUUUAUCUAUUAAAGGACCUGAGCUUAUAACAAAGUAUGUUGGAGACAGUGAAAAGCAUCUACGAGAUCUUUUCCAAAAAGCCAAGAAUCUGAGUCCUUGCGUACUGUUCUUUGAUGAGAUAGAUUCAUUAUGUGGAAAGAGAGGAAAGAAUGAAUUUGGAAAUAGAAUUGUUAACCAAAUACUUACUCUUCUUGAUGGAAUGGAAGAUAGGGGGGAAGUAUAUUUGAUAGGAGCGACAAAUAGAAUUGAUGCACUUGACAGUGCACUUAUGCGACCAGGCAGGUUUGAUAAAAUCAUUGAAGUUUCACUGCCUGACAAAGAAGAGGCUCUCGAAAUAUUCAAGAAGUGUAUUUCCAAGGUUCCAUACGAAGAUUUUGAUUUUGAAAAUCUAGAUUUAAGUGGAUUUUCUGGUGCUGACAUAGCAGGAGUAGUCAAGGAAGCUGCAAUUAUGUGCCUUAAAGAGAAUUUUGACUCUGAAAAUUUAAAAGUUACAGAAAAGUACUUUUUAUGCGCAAUAGAAAAAACAAACAUAAUGAAAAGCACAUCAAAAAAGAGCAGAAAUAAAGCAAGAUCCUAG